GUUUCUAGUGAUCUUGCUUGAGUUCUUUUCUGGACUCUUGACAUUUUGUGAAGUAAGCCUCUUCUUUAUCUGAUUUGAUUACCUGAACCAAGCAAUGGAAGUACUCUUGAUACUGUAACAAUGAGUUCUGCUGCUAUGUGCACUGAUUUUUCCAAAAGACAGACCAUGAAAAGUCAGUGAUGCGUGCAACCAAGUCAGAGGGGAAGACAGGCCAGUGGAGCUCCCCCAACCCCCACUUUGCUCUCCCUCAUAACUCAUGAUGGCUGUGUGUGAGGCCCUGAUGCAUGUGAGGAUCACUCCCCUGUGGCACUGGUUGAGCAUGUUUCUUUUCAUUUCUGGAUGGAAGACUGGAUACUCCCAAUACUCCAGCACCCCGGAAGUGGUGAUUCCUGUGAGGAUCACUGGCACUGAUAGAGGCAUAAGUCCUCCAGGCUGGCUGUCCUAUAGCAUGCACUUUGGUGGCCAGAGACACAUUGUUCACAUGAAGACCAAGAAGCUUUUGAUGUCCAGACACCUCACUGUGUUCUCCUACACUGGCCAGGGUGUUCUUCUUGAGGACCAUCCUUUUAUACCAGAUGACUGCUACUAUCAUGGAUAUGUGGAGAGUGACCCGGAAUCCCUAGUUGCUCUUAGCAGCUGUUCUGGAGGUUUUCAUGGAACACUUCAUGUAAAUGACAUGGCUUAUGAAAUCAAGCCCAAAGAGGAUUCUAUCACAUUUGAACAUCUGGUUUAUAAAAUGGCCAGUGAAGAGACCCAAUCCCCACUCAUGAAAUGUGCAUUAUCAGACAAAGAAAUAGAACAAAAGUUGAAGCUUCAAGAGAGUGAUAAUUACAUUCUGAUGCAAAGUGGAUAUCUGGGCUGGUGGACCCACAUGUGGUUUGCUGAUAUGGCACUUGUGGUAGACCAUCAACGAUAUGUUUUCCAUAACAACAAUAACACAAAUGUGAUAAAGGAUGUUAUAAACAUUGUUAACCAUUCAAAUUUUCUUUUAAAUGGAGUGGGUUUUCACCUGGUUCUAAUUGCGCUUGAAAUCUGGGAUACUGAAAACCUUGUGAAUAUAACUAAUGACAUGCCUACGGUCCUAGAACAAUUUCGCAGGUGGAAAGUAAAUAACUUUAACAGGCGGAUAAAAAAUGACCUUGGACAUCUCCUUUCACACCAAAUGUAUAGAAGUGGGUAUCUUGGCUUAGCUUAUGUGGGAACUCUGUGUAAUAAUCAUUAUAAUUGUGGAGUUAUUAGAGUCAUCUAUAGGAAUGUAGGGGCAAUUGCACAUACUAUAUCCCAUGAGAUAGGACAUAAUCUGGGUAUGAAACAUGAUGAACAAGUCCGACCAUGUAAAUGUGAGCAGAGAAUAUGCAUCAUGGGUGAAACAGACAAUCACUCCACCAAAUUCAGCAAUUGCAGUUAUGCUGUUGUCUGGUCAACCACAAAAACAUCAUCAUGUAUAAGGAAUAUGCCAAGACCAGUGAACUUCCUUCCACCACCACCAGUGUACUGUGGGAAUGGUGUGGUGGAAGAAGGAGAAGAGUGUGACUGUGGAUCCUUAGAAUUUUGUGAAGAAGAUACAUGUUGUCUGACAAACUGCACUCUACAAUCUGGGGCUCAAUGUGCUUUUGGGCUUUGUUGCAAAAAAUGUAAGUUGAUGCCAUCUGGCAGUGUGUGUCGAGAAAAGAAUGAUGAAUGUGAUCUUCCUGAGUGGUGCAAUGGAACUUCACACGAAUGUCCAAAAGAUGUGUAUGUGCAGGAUGGAAUGAAUUGCACAGGCAGUGGCCACUGCUAUGAAAAAAAAUGUAUUAUCCGUGAUGAACAGUGCAGGCAAAUUUUUGGAAAUGAAUCCAAGAGUGCAAAUAAGACUUGCUAUUCAGCAAUGAACACCCGCGGUGACCGUUUUGGUAAUUGUGGAAAUAACAGCCAGGCGUAUGUAAGAUGCCAUGUCAAUGACAUCCUCUGUGGAAGAGUUCAAUGUGAGAAUGUGAAAGAACUUCCCUCUUUGCCCAAUCAUUCCACCAUACAUUAUGCUGAAAUCAGUGAUAGAAGCUGUUGGGGUACUGACUAUCACUUUGGGAUGACUGAGCCUGAUAUUGGUAAUGUGGAAGAUGGCACAGAAUGUGGUGAGAGAAAUAUAUGCAUCCGAAAGAAGUGUGUUAUAAUGCCACUUUGGGCAAGUGAUUGUUCGCCUGAGGCCUGCAAUAUGUCAGGUAUCUGCAAUAAUAAACAUCAUUGUCAUUGUGAUUAUGGAUGGAGCCCACCUAAUUGCACAAAAAAAGGCAAUGGAGGGAGUAUUGAUAGUGGUCCUCCUCCUGUUCGACCCUCCAAGAAUCAAGGCAUGAAUUACUGGCUUCUACUACCUUUAAUAUUUUUUAUUCUUUUGUUUUUCCUCUUGUUAUUCUUGUUAAUGAGGAAGACAAAAAAAGAUAGAGAAGAGGAAACUAAUAUACCAGAGGAAAAUAAAAUACCAGAGAACGCUGAUACAGCAGCGAAACCUAAAAUACCAGAGAAAAAAGGUAAAGUUAAAAAAUAGUGUGAAGUUUAGAAAAAAGAAAAAAACACAAUGAUUAAACUUCAGUUCAGGCAGGAAGUCUCAACAGUUAAACUUCACUUGAAAUAGAAGAGCAAAGUUUUACAAUUUUGAACAACAAUCCCAAAUCUUAAAGGAAUUUCCUGUGAAUUCUCCUGCCUGUAGACAUGUUAUCAUAUGUAUGUCAAA